AUGCCGCGAAGGGUACAGAACUACGACGAUUACGGCUCAGCCGUCCACCAGAUUAUCCUAUCUACCUCAGACGCCGAAUUCCUCGAUCAAUUAAUACCUGUCCUGAAGGAUGCGACAGCAACGAACCGAGCGAUUACCCUCACGCAGAAUCUAUCGCAAUAUGCCGAAGACCGGGAGUCUGAGAUUGAGAGGAUAGGAUUGACAAAGCACGAGGAAUUCCUCGGUUCAGUCAAUCAUCUCCAAAAUGUCCGCGAGCGGACUGUUGCCUUGACGGCCGACAUCCUCGAGUUGAAUCAGUCCAUUCAAGCUAGCACGGAGAAGUUAGCCGAGCAGAAACAGGCAUUGGUUAAUACACGAGCUGUCCGAGAAAAUAUUUCGGAUGUAUCCGACGCCCUGAAAGAGUCUCUGAAGAUCCUGCAUGCUGUCAACAACGCCCACGACCUGAUCCGCAAAAAGGGGUACUACGCCGCGCUUAAGUCCCUCGAGGACCUUCAGAACGAGUUUCUUAUUCCGAUAAUACAGAAUAACUAUGCUACCCAGCACCAACUUGCCAACUUAAUACAGAAAUCUAUACCCGCAUCCCAGAAAACCAUCUCCGAGGCGGUCAUGACAGAUCUCAAUACUUGGCUAUUCCGAAUUAGAGAGACGUCACAGUUCCUUGGGGAGGUGGCGUUCUAUCAUACUGAGAUGCGCCGUACGCGACAGCGGGAAAGGGCGGAGAAAGAUGAGUUUCUGAACAAUUUUAAGCUAAACUCUGCCAUCGAGCUGGUCUUCGAUGAGAGUGAGGAGUUUGACGUGCUUGAUAAUGAGGAGUUAAAGGUUGAUUUUACGCCCCUUUUUGAGGCCCUACAUAUCCACGAGGCAUUAGGACAGAGUGAUAAAUUCAGAUCGGAAUACGCUGCUACCAGAAGGCGACAAAAAGAAUUGCUCCUACCGAGCUCUGUGAGCUUAACCACCGAUGAUGAGUCGUCACUAAGCAGUUUGCUGGAGGGUAUUGCUGGAUUUGCUAUUAUCGAAAAAGCGACAAUGCGACAGGUCCCACAGUUACGCACAGCUAUUGAUGUCGAGGAAUUGUGGGAUUCGAUGUGCUCUACAGCAAUAUCUUUAACAUCCAAAGCACUUAGUGAUAUCGCCGAUGCCCAAGUGCUCCUGAAUACCAAGGGGCGAAUUGAUCUCUUCAUCCUCACAAUGGAGGGAUGGGGAUACUCAGUUUCGAGACUUGAUGAAUUCUUGGUCGAUCUCUUCGAUAGAUAUGCCGAAUUGUUGAAGAAGAGGUUUAGCGAGGACUUUCAAGAGAUUGUAUCGACUGAUGAUUACAUGCCAAUGGCUAUCAACACAAGAGAAGAAUACGAGAAAGUGGCUAAUGUCAGCUGGUUUACCCCAGAGAAACCCCUUGAGGAGCUCACAUUUCCAUGUGUUCUACCAUUUUCCCAAAUGUAUCCACUGUGUUGUAUUGACAUUAGGAAUUUCCUCAACCAGUUCUAUUUCUUCUCAGAUGACCAUUUCCAACAUCCGAAUAAGAUUGAUGAUACACUGCGCAAGUCUCUCGACGAGCUUCUCACGGAGAAGGUAUGCCAGUCCCUGGUAGAGAGGCUUAGCUCGCAAUAUCUAGGUCAGAUAGUGCAGAUCUUGAUCAAUCUAGAACAUUUCGAGAUCGCUUGCCAGGAGCUGGAGCAGCUUCUAAUCAGAGCCCGAUCCUCGGGAUCUGCCGGCGGUCCCUUGACUUUAGCAGCCACCGAGCAGUUUAGGGAAAACAAGAAGACAGCCGAAAAAAGAAUCUUCGAGCUCGUGAACUCCAAGAUCGACGACCUGGUCGAAACCGCCGAGUAUGACUGGAUCGCGUAUAACAAACCUACGGAGCCAAGCAAUUACAUGCAGACUCUGACUAGAUACCUAUCCAAUAUCAUGAACUCGACGCUAUUAGGCUUACCUAGGGAAAUUAAGGAGCUUAUCUAUUUUGACGCGCUCAGUCAUGCGGCAAACAAGAUUCUUGCUCUCCCCCUCUCUCCAGACGUAAAGAAAAUAAACCCGAACGGCGUCGCGGCGCUGUCGAUGGAUGUCCAGCAUCUAACUACCUUUGUCGACGGCCUCGAAAACGGCUUCAUGCUGCGGUCUAACUUGGACGAGCUCGAGCAGACGAUUCAGCUCCUCCAGUCCGACAACACGGACGAGUUCUUCGACAUCAUGACUCGGAACAAGAAGUACGGCCGUGUCGACGCCAUGAACGGCCCAGCAUUAUUAGACAAGCUUACUCAGCAGAUUUUGAGUCCGGGGCAGACGGCUCAGCGAUUCGCCAAUUUCUCGUCGAACCUGUCAUCGCGUUUCGGCACGAAAUAA